UAUAGUCCUGUUGCUAAGAGAUCAAAGGUCAGCUAUUCUAUUUAGAACACAUUUUAUUUUAUUCAACUCUUCGAUCCAAGACAAUUUCUGUACUACUGUUGAUGGCUGCUACUGGUCCUGAGCUGCUGUCUGUGAUCCAAACCAGUGCCAGGAAUGGUACUCUACUGCCAUCCUGUGCACCCGAGGUGAAGGAGCUCAUGGCUCAGAUAGACAGUCUGAUAUCUCAGCGUCAGAGAAACUGGGAGAGUUCUAACAGAGGGUUGACCAACCAACUGCAGCAGAGAGAUAGAGAUAUAGCCGCUCUAAAGCUGCAAGUCAGAGAGAGGAAUACUCAAGUGGAGCACUUGCGUCAGGAAAGCUCUGCCUUGGAACGAGAGUACAAAGCUCGCUACACAGACUAUGAGGCCCAACUGGAGGCUCUGAAAGGAGAGGUGUCACGAUUAACCCAGGCCUACAGUUGCCUGAGAGCAAAGAGACAGUCAAGAGAUGGGCUGGACAAGUGUAAUAGUGAUAGGGAGGUUCAACUCACUGAGAAUGGAGAGUUGAGAGAGAGUGUGUGUCUACUCCAGGAGACACUGCACAGCAAAGAUGAGCUAGUCAGAACGUUGCAAGAAGAGCUUGCGUUUGCUCAGAGUACAGCCAGUGCUGCUGUCUGUCAGAGUGGCCAGGAGCGACUCAGAUCACAGCUCACACUAGACAGAGCUCUGCGGGAUGAGCUAGGGAGACUGAAAGAGACUAAUGAAGUGGCAGCCUUGUUCCUCAACCGUGUGAGAGCUUUGGAGUCCAACAACCAUUCUGACAUGAACACAGCUGAACCAAGCAGCAAGAACUUUGAUAUUGAAUUGGAACAGUUAGUAGACAAACACUUUGAUCAUUUGGACAGUUCUGUUAAGCAAUUGUUGUCAGUCAAUACUCACACAUGAAUUACUAUUAAUGAUGUUAUUAUUCUGAAUGA